AUGUUCUGCGUCUACCAGAUAUCGAAGGGCUUGGACUAUAUAUUUUCUCGAAAGUGUUUUCUGGGAUACGAUGAAGCUACUCGUGUAUUCAAGGUGUUAUGGCCAACGCGUUAUGAUAAACCUCUAGUCUACACGGUAAUUUCGGGCGGUCAAGGAUCUUGGAGACAGAUCGCAUGUAAGCCUCCUCAUAUUGUAUUCCUCUCUUGUGCAAUGUGUGAAGGAGGAGUUUUAUACUAUGCAGCUAUAUCCCUUUAUGGUCUUAAAUCUAUAGUCAUGUGCUUCAACGUGAAUUCUGAAAAGUUUAAAUAUCGACCAUUGCCUGAGGGUGUCAGCCUUCAUGAUGAUGCUACAAUGGUGAACUAUAAUGGGAAAGUUGCCUUGGUGAAUAAGAAAUCAAAGACAGGAGUGUUUCAGAUUUGUGUUAGGAACGAAGUUUCAGGAGAAUGGGAGUUACAUCAACUUGUGAUUCCUGGAUGGAGAGCCAAUGUUGGGAACGAUCAUAUGAUGUUUUCUUUCGUAGGUACCAUUGGAACAGGAGAACUUGUUUUCACAGCACCAGACUCGUUGCAUGAUGGAUCAGAAUCUGUCUUGCAUUACAAUACAGACCAACCAGAAGAAGGAAAGAAAUUCAAAAUGUUUAGCGUGGGAGCAGUGAAUGGAGGAACUGAUUUGAGGCUAUACAACCCCAUUGCAAACACGAUUCUGCAACUACCGGUAACCCUAGGGGGCCUCCCCGAUGAGUGUCUAUUUGGAUACGAUGAAGCUAAUGGUGUAUUCAAGGUGUUAGGUUUCUUUGGCUCAAGAUUUGAAGUUUACACGGCUGCAAUAUCGGGUACUGGUGAAGGGUCUUGGAGAUAG